UAGCGGCCUGGGGGCGUCACAUCGUUGGCCACAUCGGCCCUUUCCGCGCCAGUGACUAGCCUUAUUCCAAAGAGGUUUUCAGGGAACUUCGGGCGACCGCAGCGGGCUCCUUGUGAGCCCCCGCCGCACAGCCUCGCUGAGAAAAGGUCGCAUUUGAGCCUUUGCAUUUGAGCCGGGGACCAGUCAGAUCGCGGAAGGCGUCGCGGGCAGUCGAAAUCCAUCCCGAGAGGACUCUUUCCUGUGAGGAAGAAAUAGCCAGGUUCCAGUUUCUAUGGAAACUCUUCAAGAGAACGGACUGAGAUUCGGUUACAUGAAGAGCUUUCCUGCUGGCUUAUGUUGGAAAAGAUGGCUAGUACAGUAACUGGGAGUCAGGAUUACAUUAUGAAUCUUCAUGGGGAAGUGUAUGGGAAUCCUGAGCUAGAUCUUUCUCCUUGUCCAAAGUGGGGAGAAGCAUUUCCUAUUUCCAGAAAAAAGAGCAGUGUGAUGACUCUUCAAAGUGAUGGUUUUAAAAACAUGGAAAGUGAGGAAUAUUUGUCUGUGAAAACCACAAGCCAAAUGGCUACCCAAGACUCUUCUGGGACAUUCUGUAAGAAUGAGCCCCAGGAUCCUCAAGAAAGCCAAAGUCUCCUUGUAACUAAAGAGUGUACUGACAAGAAUAUAAUAGAGGGGGGAAGUCCUUCCGUGGACCAUUGUUCAGAAAAUCUUCAAACUCAACUUGUGUCUGUUGUAACAGAACCAGUCUCACCCUUGUUCAGUGGUGAGGCAGUUUGCCAAAAUGGCCAGUUGAGAGAAUCCUUGGGUCCCCCAGACGGUACAGGCAAUGACAUCUGUGAUUGGAAAUCUCUGAGUCCUCAGAGAACUCCUACCCAGGAGAAAGCAUGUGGUCUUUAUGACUGUGGGAAAACGCAUACCACCAGCUUAGAUGGUCAGCCCUGUGAGGACGUUUGCCUGUGUGUUCAGUGUGGUAAGGCCUUCAGUGAGCACUCAGCACUACAGCGUCAUCAGCAAGACCACAAGGAGGAGAAGCCCUACAAAUGCGAGCAGUGUGGGAAGGGUUUCACCAGGAGCUCGAGUCUCCUCAUCCAUCGAACCGUCCAUACGGAUGAGAAGCCAUACAAGUGUGACAAGUGUGAGAAGGGCUUCACGAGGAGUUCGAGUCUGCUUAUUCAUCACGCGGUCCACACAGGUGAGAAACCUUAUAAGUGUGACAAGUGUGGGAAGGGCUUUAGUCAGAGCUCCAAACUGCAUAUCCACCAGCGGGUACACACUGGUGAGAAGCCCUAUGAGUGUGGGGAGUGUGGAAUGAGCUUCAGUCAGCGCUCCAACCUGCACAUCCACCAGCGGGUCCACACUGGGGAGAGGCCCUACAAAUGCGGAGAGUGUGGGAAGGGCUUCAGUCAGAGUUCGAACCUCCACAUUCACCGGUGCAUCCACACAGGGGAGAAGCCCUACCAGUGCUAUGAGUGCGGGAAAGGAUUCAGCCAGAGCUCAGACCUCCGCAUCCAUCUCAGAGUCCACACUGGAGAGAAGCCUUAUCACUGUGGCAAGUGUGGGAAGGGAUUUAGCCAGAGCUCCAAACUCCUCAUCCACCAGAGGGUGCACACUGGAGAGAAGCCCUAUGAGUGCAGCAAGUGUGGGAAGGGCUUCAGCCAGAGCUCCAACCUCCACAUCCACCAGCGGGUGCACAGGAAAGACCCCGUGAAGUGAGACCUUCAGUCACGGUGCUUUUAUUCCAAAGACCAUUAAGUAUUUUUAACAUCACUUUUACGUUUAUCUUCUGUAAAGGAAAGAGAUAGUAAGAGUUAGUCUGAUGCGUUCCCUCACUGAAAAAUCAUUCAUUUAAAGUAUUUAAGUACCAAGCACUUUGUUAUACUACACAAUGAAUUGACAGUUCUGUUCCUCAGAUGGGUAGAAUAAAAAUGUCUGUGCUUAGCAGUUUAGCCAGUGUUAUGAGAAAUACAUAUCCCACCCAGCAUUUUUAACUGCAAGGACUUUAUAUUUAUCCAGGCAGAACAUGUUUCCCUUUGUUCACAUUCUCUGAGAAAUUGAAACUCUGGUUUCUCUUAAAAUCAUGUGCCUUGUGUUUUUCAUACUUCUUCCAGCCCUCGACAGGCCUCUAAACUAUGACUGUAUGGUGUGUUCGUUUUAGAUAUUCGCAAUAUAAUGGACAUGAAAAUCUGCUAUGCUUGUUGCCAAAAUACUCAACAGUCUGUGGCCACACAAUCAGAAGGUAGAGAAGAGCUGCUCUCGUAGUGCACCCCAUAAACUUUUCUACAGGAUCUUGUGCCCCUUUCCACCUCCCCCCCAAGGCAAAUGACUGUUUGGGAACAUCAGUUCUCUUUCCUGAAUGCGGCUAGUCUGGGGUUCCCUGGAUCUCACCACCUCAGAAAACCCUCCACAUCAAGACAAGUAUGGUAUAUAUGUACACUGUUGAAACGUGACAGUGAAGUGAGAAUAUAUUUACUUCUUCUCAACUACUAAGAAAAACAAGAGUUAGGAGAGGAAAGUUCCUGAUAUUUUUCUCUUCAGACUUGUCUCUUGUUUUAAUAUUUUAUAUACCUCCCGGGCCUCCCAGGUGGCGCAGCGGUUGAGCGCUGGGUUGCGAAGCUGCCCGCGGUCUCUGCGGCGUCGGUUCGAUCCCCGGCUGCUCCCCGGCCACCAGAGGAGGGUCCCACAUGGCACGCAGACCUCUCCUGCCGCCCGCUGCUCCCCUCAGCAGUGUA